AUGGCCCGGGUGGGGGGCUGUUGCGCGGGGCGCCGGCCACCCGGGACCAUCCUCUACCGCCUCCUCAACGGCGCGGACCCGGACCCCGACGACGGGCCGGGCGGCAGGGCCGGAGCCCGGGCCCGGGCCCGGGCCGUGCUGCUGAAGACGCAGCGCUUCGUGCAGGGCGUCCCCUGCUUCCUGGCGCUGCCCCCGGCCGACCGGCUGGUCCUGCUGCGCGCCGCCUGGACGCCCCUGCUGGCCCUCGGCCUGGCGCAGGACGGCGUGGUCCCCGGCGGCCUCCAGGCCCCCCGAAGCAGCGUGCUGCGCAGCAUCCUCACCCGCCGCCCGCCCCCCGCCGCCCCCCGCCACCUCCGGGCCGUCGAGGCCUUCCUGGCGCACUGCUGGACCCUGGGCGUCACCAGCCGGGAGUACGCCUACCUCAAGGGGACCGUCCUCUUCAACCCCGACCUCCCCGGGCUGCGGAGUGUCCGGUACGUCCGGGGCCUGCACCUGGAGGCCCGGCGAGCCCUGGACGAGCAGGUCAGGUCGGUCCAUCGGGGGGACCACGCGAGGGUCGCCCAGCUGAACGCCGCACUGGGCCUGCUGACGGCCAUCCCCGCCCACGCCGUGGCCGAACUCUUCUUCCGCCCCGUCGUCGGGGCGGUCGCCGUGGACGACGUGCUCCUGGAGACGGUCUGCGCCAAGCGUGAGGGGCGGGGGCCUCCGCCCCGCGGCGGACCCUCCCCCGCCGGCUCUGCAGACCUGGAAGAUGAACUCGCUCAUUUGUAAACGGAUGGUAUUUUUGUAUUUAGAAAUAAAACCGUUCUUCACCCCCUGAA